CAUAAGAUGCUUUUCGAAUAAAACAUAACGGGAGGAGCGCCCACCACAAAAUAUUCGUAAUUCGCCCUAAAAAGGUAGAAAAAAACAACCAGGAGCCCGAGAGACUGUUGGUACCGCAAAACAAAUUCCUUAUAGAGGGAGAGAAAAUGGCUUUCUCAUCCAACCCGUUAUCUCUGAGUGUACCCGAACCCGUAUUUGAAUCCUGGCUCCGAGAUACCGGCUACCUCGAAAUUCUCGAUCAACGCACUACCGAUCUCCACCGCCACUCUUCCACUGCCACCACAGCCGCCGCCUCCGCUGCCUCCGCUGCCUCCGCUUCCUCCUCCGACGCUUCUGCUGUUACUAAUUCCGCCGCCGCUGCAGUUUCAAUCUCGAACGGAGUCUUUGUUCUGAUAUUUUCACAUAUUGGAACCUUACUGUCGCUUUUUACGCUUAACCCGUUUGCGAAGCUCACGUCGGAUGAUUUUUCCGGUGAUACGCCGUCGUGGACACAACUAUUCCUAGGGUCGUUGGAUUCAUACUCGUUUCCUUCGUCUCCUUCUCAGGCUCGGCUUAGAGUCCACGAGAAUGUGAAACGCUAUGCCCGCAAUUAUACCUCUCUCUUACUCCUCUUCUUCGCUUGCUCUCUGUACCAAAAGCUGCUUGCCCUUGUAGGGUUGAUAUUGUGUUUGGCACUUUGGGAUGUAUUAAAGUUAUGUGGAGAACGUUGGGGAUUAGAGCAGCGCCCUGUAAUCAAACAAAGCUUGAUUCGCAU